AUGAGAUCUUCAAGUAAACCACGGAGCAGUCGAUCAACUGCCGAUCGACGAUACAGCGCCCGAUACCUGAUUCUCGUCUACCGCGACACCGGGCCACACUUCGACCCGCUGGAAAUCCAACGACUAGUCGCACGCGAGCAAGGAAAGUGCACAAUCGUACGACAGGCCGGGAGCAACUAUCUUGCCUUCGUGGACUUUGCUGGAAAGCGCUUCCAGACGCGGAAUCUCGGCCUCUUCGACGUCCAGGGCUAUCACCCGAAAUGGAUCCACGUCACGUCGUAUCCAUGGCGCACCUUGGAUGAAAUGAUGGCCCAGGGGCAUGUCCUGUGGAAUGGCAUUGCUCGGCCUCACAAACAGGCCUCUCCUUCUCGCAAAAGAGCUCCUGCUGGUAAAGCGCCGGCUUCGUCUAACCCGUGGGAACUGGUCGGGAGCGCAACGAACGAAGCGUCGCUGCAGGAUUUCUUACAAAAGGAAAUGGACUCGGAGGAUUCAAAGGCCCCAGAACGACAGUUGGACAAAAUCGAUAGCGGUGUCCCUGUGGCGGGUGGUGAGACAGAGAUGGCGCGCAAUGUGCAAUACUGGCAGGAUGGCUAUCGAGCGGGCUACAAGGCUGCUAUGGCCAUGUCGAACAUCCACCAGCCAGUGUCGAACACUUCUUUGAGUACGGCCGUUCCACCACCAGGAGCUGAGGUUUCCCAGCUCUUCGUAUCAAACGACGGUGCCGACUCUGAUGGCGCCGAAUCAACAUGCUGCAGUCAGUCCUAUGCUCUCCCAGGAGAUAGCGAUAUCCUGGGCGAGGUCUCGCAGCUGGACUGGAAUCUCGAGCUAGAAGAUGUCUGGAAUCGUCAACUGGUUGCUUGA